CGAAGUAACAAAGUCCGGGAUAUGAAAAUAAUUAAUAUUAUAAUUUUAGUGGCGUUAUGUGCUAUUCUCAUUGCAGAAUGCGAUGCUCAAUCGAAAAGAUUUAGACGAAAAGCAAAAAAUAGUAGAGUAAAAAAAGUUGCAGCUAAUAGAUCUGCAGUGAAGAAAACCGGUAGAAAUACAUCUGUGGCGAAAAAUGUUGGAGCCAAAAAAACGCAAGUAAAACAGACAUCAGCGAAAAAAGCUUCAGCAAAUAAGCUUACAGCGAAGAAACCAGUGGCUAAGAAACCAGCAGCAAGCGGCACUGAAGCUAAGAUUAUAGGUGGAACUACGACUACAAUUGAUACAAUGAAUUAUGUAGUUAAUUUACGCAAAGAUGGUACAUUUAUAUGUACCGGUUCAUUGGUAAAACCACAAUAUGUCGUCUCUGCAGCACAUUGUGUAAAAGGAGUGGCUGCCUCACGUUUAAAAGUGCAUGCUGGUAGUACUUAUCUCGAUAGUGGUGGUGUUUCAAGGCAGGUUAUCAAAACGACUAUACCAAAAUCUUUCACAAUGACAAAAAUGCAAAACGAUGUAUCUAUUUUAAAAUUGGAAAGUGAAUUAACUGGUACUAAUAUAGGAACUAUCAAUUUAUGUACAACAAGCCUUAAAGCAGGUACAAUUGUUAGAGUAUCAGGUUGGGGAUUAACAUCUACCAGUAGCAGCACUGCAUCAAAUCAAUUGCGAACAACACAAUUGAGAUUAUUUAAUAAGAAACAAUGUAUAAGAAGAUACAGAGGCAGAGAAACGCUAACAAAAUCUAUGAUAUGUGCACGUUGGACGGGCAGAGAUACGUGCUCUGGAGAUUCUGGUGGUCCUAUGGUUGUUAAUGGCGAACUAUGUGGUAUCACAUCAUGGGGUAUAAGUUGUGCUGUCAAUGCUUAUCCCGGUAUAUAUACUAAUGUGAACGUGGUCAAAAAUUUCAUUAAUAAUAAUAUGAAAUAAAUAAAUAUUUUAUUGUUGGAGACAAAUAAAAAUA